UUUACCAAAACAAGCUGCGUGCGUGCACCGACACUGGUAAAAUAGUUGGGAGCAGUGAAGAAGUUAGCCGGACAAGUCUGGAAUAGAAAGCGAAUGGACCGAUAAAUACCAGUCAGCUAACAACAGAGACACAGCUGGGACGUCAGGUAGGAAUCUAGGUGGUUAACGAUGGACCCCAACAGUGAGACCGAGAAGAUGACUUCUAACCCCUCUGAGACCCAGAAACUGGCUCCACCCAGAGGCCCAGGCUGCAGCUGGCUGGUGGUUGUAGCGGCUGUAGCGGCCUCUCUGAGCGGCUUGAUGCUGGGCUAUGAAAUGGGCCUGACCUCUGGAGUCCUGCUGCAGCUGCGGGACUUCCUCUCCCUCUCCUGCCGGGAACAGGAACUGCUGGUCAGCUCCCUCCUGCUCGGCGCUCUCCUCAUCUGCCUGGUCGGAGGUCCUAUUCUGGAUCGCUACGGCCGCCGCUGCUCUUUGCUCCUGAGCGCUGCCCUGGUGAUCGGAGGGAGCAUCGUGCUCAUCGCAGUUACUUCACUUGUUGCACUCACACUGGGCCGGGUGAUAGUCGGCAUGGGAACAUCGCUGUCAGGGACGGCAGCGUGUCUGUACAUUGCAGAGAUCUCACCGAGGGAGAGGAGGGGUCUUCUGGUGACGCUGUAUGAGCUGAUGUUGGUUGUGGGCGUAAUGCUGGGAUUUAGCUGUAGUUACGCUUUUGCUACUUUGCCCUAUGGCUGGGCGUAUACAUUUGGACUAGUAAUCCCCCCAGCGCUGCUACAGAUCAGUGUACUUGUGUUCCUACCACCCAGUCCACGCUUUCUGGUCACCCGGGGGAAAGUGGAGCAGGCCAGGAUAGUGCUGGCCAGAAUGAGAGGUGGGGUUCAGGAGCAUGUGGAAAAGGAGCUCAGAGACAUCCAGGCAGGACUUAAAGAGGAAUCCGAGCAUAGUUUCUGGGAGUUGUUCAGUACCAAGGCCAACUUGCGUUCCCGGCUGCUGACAGGUGUGGCCUUAGUAUUCCUUCAGCAGGCUACUGGUCAGCCCAACAUCCUCUCCUACGCUUCACCACUUUUCCGCAGUGUAGGCUUCAACAGUGAUGCCGCAGCAACCUUGGCCUCCACAGGGUUUGGAGUUGUUAAAGUAGUUGGCACCAUCCCAGCCGUGUUGCUGGUCGACCGCGUGGGAACCAAGAGCUUUUUGUGCGUGGGUGCUGUCGCGAUGGGAAUGUCGCUAGUUGCACUUGGUACAUUGACACUGCAAAGCCACACUCACCUCACCAGCCUGUGUAAAAGCCACACUAUACCAAAUCACACAAUUACGCCGUGGGAUUUCAACCAAACCUCUAUAGACUUGAACAACAGUGACAUUUUUUCUGCUGACCUCCCCAGCCAAUGGAACAGUGAGGAGGCCCAGCUAACUAACAGAGAGGGUGAUGGGAUUGGGGAGCCAGGAGGAGGAAGUACUUCCUUUCUGAAGUGGGCAUCAUUGAUCAGCUUGCUGGUGUUUGUGGCAGCCUUCUCCAUUAGCCUUGGACCAAUGGUGUAUGUGGUUCUCAGUGAGAUCUUUCCGAUGGGAGUCAGAGGCAGGGCUGUGUCUGUGGUGUCGGCUGUGAACUGGGCCACUAACCUGCUCAUCUCCAUGACCUUCCUCACAAUUACAGAAAAGAUUGGCGUUUCCAAUGUGAUGUUCCUCUACGCUGCCAUGAGUUUUGUUCUACUGGUGUUUGUCAUCCUCUGUGUCCCUGACACCAAGGGCCGCACGCUGGAGGAGAUAUCGAAAGAGCUGGCUAAGAAGAAGCAUUUUGAGGUGAGGCUCUGCAGGCAGGUUCAGCCUCAGGAAAGCCUGAUCCAGGGCAGCAGUACGUCCACAGAGAUUCCAGAAAACAUCUGACUUUUUUGUUUAACAGAGCACAACCGUACUCCUCACCUGAAGAUGAGUCAAGAGUAAGGAUCAACAAGGACAAUAUAUUAGCACUGUUAAGAAUUUGGGGUACAACUCGUACAUCUCACCCACAUCUGUAUGUUGCUGCAUUUCCAGCUGAUUCCUGUAAUGAUGUCUGUGUCACGUAUACUGUAGGUCCUUCUAGCUACAUGCUGUAUGUAACAGAAGAAAUCAACAGGAUAGGAAUGGGGUAAAUUACAUAUGCAGGAAAGAACUAAAUAAUGCCGAAGUAUUUGUGAAUUUUCUCAAAUGAGGAUUUCUCAGGGAUCACUCUUGCUUGUUAAAAGCCAGUAAAGAAAGGCAAACAAUAGGGAAUAAUUAUGUGAUUACACAAAAUAUAGAUUAUUUAAUUCCUUCCUUACUUUACCUCUCCAUUUAAACAUACAGCUCCAAUAAUGCAGAAAGGAAUAAACUCCAGAAUCAAUUGACUUCCCACCAGCCAGUAGAACUGAUGAACCCCUUUGGAUGAAUGUGCAAACUGUACUACUAGACAAACUACUAGUUUUUUUCCAUUUUGACCUGACAUUGUGAUGAUCGACGUAUCACAGGGAAAUCAAAAGGUGCACUAAACAAUCAGACACUAAUCACUUUAAAUGUAUGUGUAUGUAACAUGUUUUUAAAUUGCAAAGAAAUUCCUUUAACAUGACAUUGACAUGUAUAUGCUGCUCCCUGUCAAAUGUAAUGUAAUAAUACUAACAGGGCUCAACCCAGACAUGUCAGUUAUGCUACAAAACACACUCUAAUCUACAUGGUGACAGAAAUAUGGAUAAAGGCCACAGUAGUCUAACAACAGGAAGAGUCCUGUGUCUCCUCUUUUACAUUUUAGUUGAACAAGCGACAAACAAAAUGAUGAAUCAGUUUUACUGUAUGCCUGGCUGCUGAAUCCUAAAAAAACAGCAGUUUGGCAAAGAAAUACUAAAAUAAUCAGGUCUAUUAGUAAUAUUGGUCAGCGUAUAACUAGUACUGUUGUAGUGUAAGAAGUGUGAAAAGUUAUGUUUUUUUUACUCGUGUCAGUUAUGCCAAAAUUAUAGUGGGAUGUUUUACUGCAAGACAGAAUGUGUGGCCCUGUUUAUUUUCAGAUCUGCACUUUGAUACCUUUCCUGAUCUUUUCUUAAUGUUGGAACAUGUAGACUGAUUUUAGUCGUCUGUCACAACACUGAAAAGCUUGGAUAACUAUUGAAAGUGUUUCACUCCACCUGUAAUCAGGACAUGCAUGGACAAAAAGAUGAAAUGAUUAACAUGAGAGUAAAACAAAGUGACCAGUAGUCCUGUGGUGGUCUGUGUUAUCAUGAACCUUUAUUUUUAUACAAAAUACAAAAUUCUGAACAAGUGUCACACAUUUUCAGGUGACACUGGUUCAUCCCACAUACUUGAGACAUUUACAUUUCUAUCAACAUCUUUUCAAUCAGAUGCCUUUAUUAUAUACAUACAUCUACGUUGCCCGUCAUUAGGUUUUCCUAUUUAAAAACACUUAAGCAUUGUUUGUUUUUGUUGGAUAAAGGUUAUUCUAGGGUUUAUUUUUCAGAGAGUUCAGGCACUGGCUAAUGCUGUAAGCAUGGCCUCUUUGAACACCACAUGGUCUUAUGUUGCUUCAAAAACUAAAAUGAAUGUACUGCCAAACCUCUUGACGGGUGACAGUGCUGAGUUAGCCGCCAUACAACUUUGUAUGACUUAACUAUAUGGCUGCUUUUGUAAUUAUGAAUUAUUUACUUAAACAUUACAAUCUAAUGAGUUUGUGACUUUGUCCUGUGCCUUUCCAGCAAUUUCCUAAUACCAAUUGUGUUUAUUAACUUUAUUACUGGCCUACUUAAACGCUAAUUUUGAAUGCUUUGCCUUGUCUCAGGACCACUAUAGUCUGGGACUAACCAGUAGCUGUGUUCAGUGAAAGCAAGUGUGGGGGGGGUCUGUGGCUCAACAAUGCACCACC